AUGCUGAAGAUUUGCUGUUCUCUCCUUCUCUUAAGUUUGCUCAGUGGACAAAUCAAUGCCAAUCCUGGACUCAAAGUGAGGAUCACCCAGAAGGGCUUAGAGUAUGCCAAGGAGGUUGGGCUGGAAAUUCUGAAGCAGAAUAUGGAAAAGGAGCAUUUCCCUGAUUUGACUGGCCAUGAGAAAUUUGGGCUUGGUAAUGUCAAAUACAACAUCUCAGGGAUACAUGUCACUGCUGUUGAAUUACCCAGUGGUUCCAUCUCUCUCCUACCUGGGUCUGGGAUAAAACUGGUGAUAGGAAAUGCUUCUCUAACCAUCGACAUGAACUGGAACAUAAGGACCUGGAUGUUCAAAGACAGUGGAAGAAGCACAGUGCACAUUUCCAAGGUGUUUGUCACUGCAAUCUUUUCAGUGCCUCAGGAUAAUACAGGUCCUAUGUCAAUAUCCCUUACCAGCUGCCGGACAACUUCUGGUGACAUAGAUAUUAAGCUGAAUGGAAAAAGUGGCUUCCUGCAUAACUUCUUUAUCAAGUAUCUGAAGAAACCUAUUCACAGGAGCUUGGUCACUAAUUCAUGUCCCAACAUCAGAGCUGGGAUCCAGCUGAUAGAUGAAGACCUCCGAUCAUUGAACGUUGUAAUGCCAAUUGAUGAUUUGGCUGAAGUAGACUACUCCUUAAGUAGCUUGCCAGCAGUAUUCCAACCAUUCAUUGACCUGGACUUAAAGGGCACAGUCUUCCCAGCUGGAAAUUACACUGCCUCUCCCUACGUGGCAGCUCCCUUCAGUGUCACAGACCAAAGUGACUCCAUGCUCUUCCUGGCCUUCUCUGAGUACUUUUUUCAGACCUCCUCAUUUGCUUACUACACCGCAGGGGCCUUCAACAUGACCAUUGCAGAGGAGACUUGCAGCUAUUUUAAUAUAAGCACGGAGAUAUUUGGCAGUAUCAUCCCUGAGGUAGCCAAAUACUCAGUUACACCCUAUCCGGUAAUGUUGAAGCUAAUGGCUACUGAAAUACCUGUCAUCAGCUUAGAGCAGGAUUCCUUCACAGUAGAGAUUCAGGGCUCCAUGGAGGUGUUGGCUGUUCUGCCAGACUCAACCACCCAGUCGCUGUUCACAAUGAACGUAGCAGCCAACAGCAGCAUUUCUCUGAAUAUAUUUGAUCAGAAACUGAUGGGCUCACUAUGUUUGAACAGGCUCCAGUUCUCCCUAGCCCACUCCAAUGUUGGUUUUUUCGAGAUCUCACUUCUGGAGAAUAUCCUGUCUUACAUUUUACAGACUGAAGUAAUUCCAUCAGCUAAUGCUAAACUGUCAAAAGGAUUCCCUCUUCCCAAUUUGGCCAAUGUUACCUUGACGAGACCUCACAUUACAAUUGCACAGGGAUACAUAUUGAUUUCAACUGAUGUCCACUACAAACACUAAAGGAAAAGAGAGACCAUUUGUUAAGCAUGAACUUCAAAUCAAGUCAAUAAUGUGACUCUGAAG